GAGAGCCACCAGCAGCAUUCAGGCAGUUUCUCAAGUACCGUCCAUAGAGCAGACGCGCCGAGGAGAUACCAACUGCAUCGCAAAACCUGGUUACUGGUUUUACGUUAUUCAGACGGAUAUAUAUAUUUUUGCCAGCUUUCCAUAGUUUGGAAGUAAAAUUCACAAGAAGAGCGGGAUAUUAUCGAACACGGGACGGGACGAGUGAUGGGAACACUAUAAUAACUUUUUCCCCCUUUUUUUCCCCACAACGUCGGUUAGUAUUUCUUGUUGGAACGCUUAUAUAGUAGUGGGUGAAAUCGGUAAAUGUGGUGUUGUGGUGUAGUGUAGUGUGUCCCGGAGCUGUUUACGGGGAGACGGACCAGCAGCACCUGACCUUCUGGAGAAUAAGUCUGUUGCUAAUGACACUCGGGCUGAGAGCCUUACGUGGCGCAUUAAUCUCUCCGACGAAGCAGGCUCGGCUUUCCACGAGGCUUUUAGUUACAUAACUUGUGGUAACUGCAAAUUAAUUUGCGUUUCACUUGAAAUUGAAUCAGUUAGACCGUAUCCGCCGUUCAACUUUAAUCCCCGAGUAAUAGUUAAUCUGUCUGAGCCGGUCGGACCACCAUGAGUACAGCGGGAGUGCGGCUCGUCCUCCUCCGCUCGUGAUGAUGACAGACACCGGUGUAACCCCGCGCCUCCAGCCCGCGGUGCGCGCGCUCUAACCCGCGCAGCGUGGCUCCGCUGCGGCCGCGGCGGCAGCAGCAUGAGCCACACCGACCUGGAGCGCAUGUCGCUCAGCUCCUCGGCCAACUCGGUGGCGUCCAGCGCCCGGACCCUGUCCACCAACGUGAGGAAGCUGCACAACGCGCUCAACCUGCUGCUCAACGACUUCGAGAGGGAGCAGUUCAUCCACUGCCUGAACGUGUACCACUCCAAACGGAACGUGUACGACCUGGUGCAGACGCUCAACGUCAUCCUCAACGCGCCCAGCAAGAGGCAACUUCUGCCCAUGCUGCGGCUGGUGAUCCCGCGCUCCGACCAGCUGCUGUUCGAGCAGUACACCUCGGAGGGCCUGUACUUGAAGUCGGAUUUAGUUGCAAACAAUGGUGGUAGUAAUGCCGAGCCAACGGCGGAGGAGUUCCCCUGCAGCGCCAGCCCCACGCCGCCCGGGCACUUCCCGUCGCCCCACAACCCGCCCGAGUGCGGGGUCGCGCUGCGGGGCUCGCCCGACAGCUUCAGCACCAGCAGCGACGGGACAGCUCCCCUGGUCCCGCUGCUCGGGAGGAACUUCAUCCACGAGCCCCCGGGGGAGCUGCGCCCGGUCACCAUGAAGCGGCACAAGAGCAACGAGGGGCUGGGCUUCAGCAUCCGCGGCGGCUCGGAGCACGGCGUGGGCAUCUACGUGUCCCUGGUGGAGCCCGGCAGCCUGGCCGAGAGACAGGGGCUGCGCAUCGGGGACCAGAUCAUGAAAGUCAACGACAAAGUUUUCGACAAAGUCACCCACGCUGAAGCAGUGAAGGUGCUGAAGGGCAGUAAAAAGCUUUGUCUGUCCGUGCGCUCAGUCGGACGGAUUCCAGGCGGCUAUGUCACCAACCACGUUUAUACGUGGGUCGACCCUCAAGGUCGGGGUGUGUCCCCGCCUCCCGAUUUGCCCGAACAUCGGAGUGCCACCCUGAGAAGAACUGACAGCCAGAGACGUAGCAACAUGCAGCUCCUACAGGAGGGAGAUGAGAAGAAGGUCAACUUGGUCUUGGAUGACGGCCGUUCUCUGGGCCUGAUGAUCAGAGGGGGAGCUGAGUAUGCGCUGGGUAUUUACAUCACCGGAGUAGACAAAGGAUCAGCAGCAGAGUGCGGAGGACUCAAGGUUGGUGACCAGAUCUUGGAGGUGAACGGCCACAGCUUUCUGAGUAUCCCACACGACGAGGCCGUCAGGGUCCUGAAGUCGUCACGGCACCUAAUGAUGACGGUAAAAGACGUAGGUCGCCUACCGCACGCCAGGACAGUGGUUGGAGAGACCAAGUGGAUCACCAGCUCGUCGAUUGCAGAGAGCUCGGCAAACAGCAGCAUGGCGAGCUUCUCUGUGGACCCAGGAGCCUCUGCCGCAGGAAAGCCGGGGUUUUAUAAGGGCGUGGCAGGCUCGCAGGUGACCCUGUCCAGUCUGGUCAACCAGUCCCGGGCCAUGUUGGAGGAGCAAGCGCGACACCUGCUGACGGAGGCGGAGCGUCAGACCAUGGGCUACUACGUGGAGGAGUACCGGGACGGACACAUCGGUGUGGAGCAGCUGGUCAUGGCCCUGUUCGAGCUGCUAAACACGCAUGCAAAGUUCUCUCUGCUCUCAGAGGUACGGGGCUUGGUCACCCCGCAGGACCUGGAGCGCUUUGAUGGGCUCGUGCUUCGGCGUGAAAUUCAGGCUCUAAAAGCACGACAGGGGACAGCUGGAGCCACAGCUCUGCAGGUAGACUCUCUGUCCAUGGUGUCCUAUCCAGAUACGCUGACCUCGUCCUCGGCCAGCUUCAUGACCAACACCACCCUCAGUUCUGCACGGGAGAGACUGCUGUGGCUGAUAGACAUGAUGGAGAAUGACAGCGUGGGGGAGAGUCACGAGGACGACCCUCCAGAGAGUCUCAACAUGCUGCUGACGGACAUCUCUCUGGAUGAUGUUCAGUCCACCACAGCAGAGUCUCCCCCCUCCUUCAAACCUCCGCCCCCACCAGGGACGCAGAAGCGUCCAAGUAGACGAGAUCUGCUCAACAAGUGCCCCUCCUCUGAAUCGUCCCACUCGGGCUUGUACUUCACAGCCCCGGCUUCUCACGUCCACAGCAAAGAGCCGGGACAUGGCCCGGCCUCACCGUCAUUACACCACAAACAGGGACACCCAAAAGACCCAUCUCGUGACUACUCUACCGUCAAAAAGAAAGAGCCCUCCAGACCCCCCAAGAGAGAAAAAAUGACAUCUGCUCACUUGGCCACAGUUACGGGUCAUGACAUUGGCCCUUUCCCGAGAGUUCAGUCCCCAAACAGAGGCAACAAACCUGCUGCGCCCUCCCCUUCACCCCCGCCGCCGCCGCCGCUCCCUGCUCCGGCCCCACCGCCCUCUCUGCCCUGUAAGCCAGUGUCCGUGUCCAAAGCUGCCGCGGCCACGGCCUCCGCCUCCAAACAGCAGUUCGUAACAGUGGAGGUUCACAGGCCCAACGCAGAACCCGACGUCAACGAGGUGCGCCCGCUGCCCCAAGCUCGAGGUGGCACCCUGUCUCAGCUGUCAGACAGCGGGCAAACCCUCAGCGAGGACAGCGGCGUGGAUAUCGCUGAGUCAGGACACAUCAGUAAAGACAGUAGCCCCCAUUCCUCACGCACACGCCUCCCCCGAGACACAAAGGCGGGAGGAGGGGACAACCCCUCCAAACCGCCUGGGCUUUUGGAGCCCACGUCCACACUAGUGAGGGUGCCAAAGAGUGCCAGCACCCUUGGUAUCGCCAUUGAGGGAGGAGCCAACACUCGCCAACCUCUGCCACGAAUUGUCACAAUACAGAGGGGGGGUUCGGCUCAUAACUGCGGCCAGCUGAAGGUGGGUCAGGUCAUCUUGGAGGUGAACGGGGUUUCCCUGAGGGGCCGGGAGCACAGGGACGCUGCACGCCUCAUUGCCGAGGCCUUCAAGACCAAAGAGAGGGACCACGUGGACUUCUUGGUGACUGAGUUCAACGUGGCUCUAUAGCUGUGAGCAGGAGGGCAGAGCAUGACGACACAAGUUCCACCCAGAGACCAAGAGUUACCGGUGAUAACGAGGAGACAUCCAAGCUCCAUUAAAUUCAAAUGGCACAACUCUUAGACAAACCAAAACAAAGCGUCCCCUGAUGUCUGAGCCCUUCUUCUGCGUCACGAUCCUUCUUGAGCCCGAUACACUGUAGACUUCACUCACAAGUCGGUACUUCUCCGUCCAGGAUUGUCCUGAGCGUGUUACCUCCCCACUGUGACUCCUGAUGCACUACAGUGGAAACCAGUGAAUUUUCACCUUUUGUUUGCAAUCUCAGUGAUAAACGUAUGGACUGCAGCUGUUUGAACUCCAGCCAAUCUCCUCAUAGCGUUGUCCCACACCCAGUUCCAUGUACUUAUCUUUGCUUCCGCCUGAGAGACACACUGUACAGCUAACUCUGACUGGAGCUUGACUUUACAAGUUUGGAUUUGUACUGUAUGUAAAAAUGGACAAAUGUAGAUACAGAUCGAUAUAUACUGUACACAUAAAGAUACUCCUAAAUGAAUUAAAAUCCUGUAACUAAUGUUGUGUCCUUAUUAUGUGGUAACGAAGAGCAGUGAUCACCUGCUUGUGGAUUAUCAUUCCUUCACAGAAGAAAUAAAGUCAUAACAC